AUGAGUGUUGAAAGCAGUGUGGAGGAGUUUCACGUCUAUCAAGAUGUUCUUGCAAAAGUAUCCUCUGACGGCCGAAUCACGUGGGUCCCUCCAGUGCGGGUUCGAUCCAGAUGUACGAUGGACUUGUCGCGCUAUCCACGUGAUGAGCAUAACUGUACGGUCAUAUUUGGAAGCUGGGCGUACAUUUCGUCUGAAAUAAACUUCACUGCCGCAGAUGUAGCUUCGGGGUUUGAUUCUGAAGAAAAGGAAUGGCAGAUUAUUUCUACGGAAGGAAAAUCUUAUGAGAAGAAAUAUCCCUGUUGUUCUGAGACGUUUUCCCACAUUUCUAUUACAUUAAGGCUGAAAAGAAAUUCACUCUUUAUUACGCGGAUCGUCAUCAUACCUGGCGUUCUCUUGGCUUUGCUAGUUCCCUUCCAGAUGCUUCUUCCUCCAGAGUCCAACGAACGGAUGACUCUUGGUAAAAUAUUUACUUUUUCCCAACUUAAACAAAAAUGCCGGAAUCUGGAUAAUAACAUUCAUUCAGAUUUAUAUUACUGCUAA